AUGUCUAAAAUAAAUGCUCUUACAUGCGUCCAACAAAAUGACAUCUGUUCGUUGCGCAUUGUCUGCACCAUGGCUGGUGAUAAAAAACAUGAAUUGGAAGAAGUUGAUUGUUAUGGCAAUACGGCCCUAUUAAAAGCAUGUUACCUGGGUAAAUUGGAGGCGGCCAUAACCCUUUUACAAUUUGGUGCCAAUGUCAGAGCUGUUAACCAUUUUGGACAAAAUGCUUUGACCUUGGCCACAUGUUCGGGUAAUAUGGAUUUAAUACGUGAAUUGUUGCGCUAUUGUACGUACAAAGAAUUUAAUAAUAGCACCCUGACACCGGCAUUGUGUGUGGCCACAAUGCGACAAAAUUGGACUUUGGUGAAAUUCUAUAAAGAUUUAGAUAAUCACAACAGUGAAGAUAUACAGACGGCUCAUGGUUUAAAUUGUGAGGAUCUGAUGUCGUUCUUUAGUCUGCGUAAACCUGUGGCCACAAAACAAUUUAAGACCAUACAUGUUUAA